AAUCAGCAGUCAUUCGGAAAGAAUCCAUCGGUCCGGGUCGGUUGCCAGUUGUGAGUUGUGCCAGUUGCCAGUUUCCAGCGUCGCUCGUCAUCCGUCGGUCGUGUUUUGUGCCUUUUAUUAAUUCAGCGUGGGCGUGGGCGUGUGCUCAGUGCUGUGUGCUCGUACGUACGUGCAUACUCAACGACGAAUCGCUUGUUUAAUUAGCUGCCAGUCAUCCAGCUAACCGAGUGUGUAGUGAGCUCAGCUUGUGCCGGGCAUUUCCAUUCCGAGUAGUGGAAAACUCCAUCGAAAAAUAGCAGGCAGCCAGCAUCAAAAGUGACUCCAGGUGAAGAAGAAGCGCUACAGCAGAACACAAAAUGGCCAACGAGGAGACAAGCUUCAUACCCGAUCUGCCAACUGGCGGGCCACUCUCGGUGUACCGCAAGCGGGCAAACUUUGACUGGAAGCGGCUGCGUUUGAUCUUCGAGAAGGAGCAGGGACUGCGCAUCAAGUACAAAGUGUGGAAGCGCUUGGAGAGCGACCCUCUCUUCGCACAUGCCUCGCGCACGCUGCCGAUGGACGAGCAGAAGCGACUGUGCGCCAUGCAGGUGAAUCGCAUGAAGCAACUGGAUCUGGUGCCCAAGGAGAUCGAGAGCUUGAGCUUCUCCGCCAAGACCAAGUAUUUGAUGUACAUAAACGAGGCGCUGGCCAGCUACUCGCCCAGUCUCUCGGUGAAGAUUGCUCUGGGCGUGGGGCUGUUCAACAAUGCCAUUCGGGCACUGGGCACAGAGAAGCAUCACAAAUACAUUGAGGCUGCGUGGAAUCGUGAGGUAAUCACAUGCCUGGCCGUCACAGAGCUCUCGCAUGGCAGCAACACCAAGAGCAUACGGACCACGGCCACCUACGAUCCGAGCACACAGGAAUUUGUCAUCAACACACCAGACUUCGAGGCGGCCAAGUGUUGGGUGGGCAACCUCGGCAAGACGGCAACGGUGGCCAUGACCUUUGCCAAUCUGUACACUGCCGAUGGGCAGAGCCACGGCCUGCAUGGCUUCCUCAUCCCCGUGCGCGAUCCCAAGACAUUACUCUCCUAUCCGGGCGUCCUCGUCGGGGACAUUGGCGAGAAGUGUGGCCUGAAUGGCAUCGACAAUGGCUUUGUGGUCUUCAGCAAUUAUCGCAUUCCACGCGACAAUCUGCUCAAUCGCACGGGCAACGUCACCCCCGAGGGCGUCUACGAGAGUGUCUUCGCAGAACCGGGCAAGGCUCUGGGCGCAGCUCUGGAGAGCUUCUCCGCUGGCCGCAUUGGCAUCAUGCAGGAGUCGGCCAAUACCCUGUGCAGUGCCGCUGUCAUUGCCGUUCGCUAUGCUGCGGUACGCAAACAGUUUGGACCGGAGCGACAGGGCGCAGAGGUGGCCAUCGUGGAGUAUCAGUUGCAUCAAUAUCGCAUCUUUCCCUAUCUGGCUGCCGCCUGUGUGCAGAAGAUCGCUGUCGAGGAGCUGACCACCACAUAUCUGGAGAUCAUAGAACGCUCCCAGGCGGAUUCCAAUGGCUUUGAUAUACUGACCCAAAACGCCGCGGAGAUUCAUGCGCUGAUAUCCGCCUCCAAGCCGCGCAUUACUUGGGCCGCCCGGGAUGCCAUUCAGGAGGCGCGCGAGGCUUGUGGUGGUCACGGCUAUCUGGCUGCCGCCAAGCUGGGUCAAAUGCGCACCGAUCACGAUCCCCUGUGCACCUACGAGGGCGAUAACAAUGUGCUGGGCCAGCAGGCUUCCAACUGGCUGCUGCGUCAGUGGGCGGCCAAGGAGCUGGAGACGCCAAUUGGCAGCGUGCGAUUCCUGGAGCGAAGGGAGCAGCUUAUGGGCCUGCGCUACGCUCAACUUGUGGCAAAGAGUCCCCUUUCCAGCUGGGAAUUCGCGCUCAGCUGCUAUGAGUGGCUGCUCUGCCAUCUGAUGGCCCACACCACAGCCCACAUUGAGGGUGAACUUGCAGCUGGCGGGAGCAAGUUUGAUGCCCGUAACAACUCGCAGGUGGCCGGCGCCCGUGAGCUCUCUCUGGCCUACGCCGAGUACUUUGCCCUGUUCCGUUAUGUGGAGCAUGUGCGUCGCCUCAAGGUGGAGCCUGCGUAUGGCAAGGUGUUGCGCCUGCUCUACGACGUGUACGCCAUGUCGCUGCUGGAGAAGCACAUGACCACCUUCUAUGUGGGUGGAUUUGCCCAAGGAAACGACUUUGCUGCAGCCGUGCGUAAACUCCUACUAGAUAGCUGCCUGCAGCUGAAGGAUGUGGCCGUGAGCGUCGCCGAUGCCAUUGCCCCACCCGACUUUGCCCUCAACUCGGUGAUUGCCCGAGCCGAUGGCCUGCUCUAUGAGAAUCUGCAAAACGAAUUUAUGACCAACGAGGGCGCCUUCCAGCGCUCUUCUUGGUGGCGUGACGUCAUCAUACCACAGCCCCAGGAGAAGUCCAAGCUCUGAAGAGUCCAAGAAGAUGGGGGGUGAAGGUGGAAGGUAAAGACAAGUGCCUGAUGAUCGUCGCUGGUGGUGUUCCUAAUACCCAUCCUAAAGUAGAUCGUAGUUAUUGUUGUUGCCACACAAAUUGUGGCAAAUUUGCAUUUGCAUUCACCAUACACUAUGCCGUACAUUCAAGUAUUUUAAGAUCAAAUCUGUUACUACCCUACGAUUCAGCAUGUUAAAUAAUAAACAUUAAAUGAUA